GGCUCGUUUUUUCUUCUCUCGGCAAGCUCCUUUUCCCGACGGACAUCGGCCACUUUCCGAAAAAUUAGCUGCACAAAACGAUUCGAUUCGAUUUUACACGCCUUUUUACACAUAUUAAUUAUAUUAAUUAUUUCAUGCAUUCUUUUGCAUUUUCUUCGAUAUUUGUCAAAUAUAGAAUUUCGUUGUGAAGUAUCGUGCGCUUCGAAUAAUUAAUCAGAAUAAGUGGCACAUCGUAGAUUGAACGAUAAAAAAUUAUUUAUGCUUCUGAGUCGUUCUUUUGUUAUUAAUAAUCGUUUAAAUAUCGUUGGAGCUUUUAUUGGCUUUUUUAUAUCCUUUAUUAUGUAGUGAUUAUUCGAUUGAUCGUCAACUUAAUCAUCCUUAUGCGUUUACAUCAUAGGUAAAAACAUUAAAAUAAUUCUCAAAUAUAUUUUCCAAUACCAUUAACGAAUCCGGAAAUAGAAAAAAACUUUCAUUUGUUAAUUCUAUUAAGAAACGAAAUGAUUAGUAAUUUCAACAUGUAACAUAACUCUAUGUUUUAAUAUUCUUUUAGUAGAAUGUAGAUAACUCGGGUAAUUUAAUCUUUUCGAUAAUUUAGUUUUCGAUGCCGGAAAAGCAUCUCUUCUCCACUAUAUUUCCUUUUUUCUGGGUACAGAGUUGUAGGUUAAGGGUGGGAGAUGGUUUUGUUCUAGUACGCAUGCGCUUCCAGAGUAGUCGAUAGGCGCUCUAGGAAAUAGGAGGUUACUUGUAUUGUACGAUUAACCUCAAAAUAUUUUAUUUUAUAUCGUGUCGAUUUGAAAGUCGUGAAUCGUUUUUUUGAUUACUUCUGUUUCGAUACUUCGUUUCAGAUAGUUGAUGAAGAAUUCUAAAAAAAGUACGCAAUAUUGCGUACUUAUACUAAUGUGAUUCGUGUCGAAUCCAAAUUUUCGUUGAGAAAACAGAGAUGGGUCAUGGUUCAAGCCGUUCCGCUUCAUCCGCAAAUAUUCUAUCAGCGGACGAACUAACCUUGGUGGAAAAUCUUUUCAAAUCUAUGUCUAGAAGUUCAGGUUCCAUAAAACGUGAAGAUAUAUUUAAACAUUGGUCCACUCAUUUGGAUGAUACAUUAUUGCAAUUUGUAGUAAAAUUUCUCUGUCAUGAACCAGGGAAAAGAGUUUCUACUAUUAAUGGAGAGAAUUUUGGUAGACUCUAUGUGUUUGCUGUUCGUGGAAGUCCAGAAGAGAGAACUAAUUUAAUUUUUAAUGGUUUCUCGGAAGAGGAACAGAAACACGAAAUACCCACUACUACAUUCCUUCAAUAUGUUCAAGCUACUAUAAAUUCCUACUUGAGAUUACAAAAAAAUUCUGGCAACUCACACUAUUUAACAUGGAGUAGCAUUGGGUGUACAGUGAACACUAGAAGGAUAGGAAUGAGAUCUAGAAGUUUAUGUGAAGAUCUAGUCAAAUAUGGAGAUACUUUAUCUAUCGAACAAGUGGAGAAUUGGUUUUCCACAGCAGCCACUUUCAAAACCAUUCAAUCGCAUGUUUUUCAAUGCCUUUUCCUCAUUUCUCAAAAAAAAGGAGAUAAGAAUACCAGUGGUAAAAUAAACGAUUUGAAUCUUUUGCCAGGUUGCAAGGGUUUGGAAAAUAUACCACACUUUCCUAGUAUUCUAGGAUUGGGUGAUGUUUUGUUUUUGAACUUAAGUUUACCUCAUGAACUUCGCAACGAAUGGAGAUUUCUAUUUUCAAGUCAAGUGCAUGGGGAAUCAUUUUCUACUAUGCUUGGAAGAAUAACUAUGCAAGGUUCCACCAUUAUAAUACUUCAAGAUAUGGAUGAUCAUGUAUUUGGUGGUUUUGCUUCGAAUAGUUGGGCAACUGGGCCAAAUUUUAUAGGAAACGAAUCUUCCUUUCUAUUUAAACUUGAACCAGAUAUACUUACAUUUUCUUCCACUGGGUACAAUAAUCAUUAUCAAUAUUUAAAUCUUCAUCAACAAACUAUGCCUAAUGGUUUACUUAUGGGAGGCCAAUUGAAUUAUCCAGGCUUGUGGUUAGAUUGCGAAUACGGAACUGGAAAAUCGAGCGUAUCCUGUACAACUUUCCAGAAUUAUAUUCAAUUAAGUGGUAAGGAGGAUUUUAAAAUCAAGCAUUGUGAAGUGUGGGGUGUAGGUCCUAUUCCGGAAAUAGAAGAAGAAGAAGGACGCGAUUCGAAGUCAAUUUUGGACCAAGAUUCUUCUUCGAAGGUCAUAUUGGAAAUGUCUGGCCGUAAAAUGUACAGCGAGGGAUUACGGGAGGAAAAAGAAUAAUUGUGAUACCAGAGAUUUGUUUGAGACUUUACACAGAAUGAAAAAAAAAAAAAAAGCAUAUCAGGCAAUUAAAUUUUUUAUCAGCUUUUUAGAAACAAAAGGAAAUCAUUGUAACACAGUAUUUGUAAUUCAAUGAUAAAAUAGAAAAAAGAAAAAAGAUAUUAUCAUAGCUUUCGUGGACGUUUUAACAGAGUAAUAAUAAAAGAAGCUUAUUUUUUUUCGGUUCGCUAAUUAAUUUUUUCGAAGAAUAAAAUUCUAGAGCUCUGUAACGGCCUGAUUUCUAGUACUAUUGUUAUUUUUGAUCAACUCUACGAUCGAUAGAGUGAUAUAAUACCUAAAAAAUAAAAAAAAGAAAAAGAGAAAAAAAUAUAUCGAGUUGCUGUUUUUCGAAUGCCUAUUAUCUAGUGCCUGGUGAAUCAUCAAUCAUUUUUAAUUGGACCUCUUAAUACAUUAAAGAAAGUUUAUCAAUGAGAAGAAAUUUGUACAAUACAUAUUUAUUAUAUAUACAUAAGACUGUAUAUGUGUUAUUCAUAUAUGACUGAUGGUGGUCACUGUUCACUCUAUUGUCGGAAAAAAGAAACCAAAGAAUUUACAUUGCACUGUUCAGUAUAAUAUUACAGAAAUUCAAUAAAGAAUUGAAAUCUUGAGA